AUGUCGACUCUACCUCUGUCGGUCAUUGCGGUGGUCACAGUCCUUGUUGUAGCUCUGGCAUGGCUCUCACAAACAGGAAAGCGACCGAAGGAAUACCCGCCAGGACCUCCAACCCUUCCGAUAAUUGGUAACAUCCACCAGAUGCCAACACGCGAUGCGCAUCUGCAGUUCCAAAAAUGGGCCGAGGAGUACGGUCCGGUGUAUAGCUUGAUCCUGGGUACGAAGACAUUGAUCGUACUGUCAAGCGAUGAGGCCGUCAAGGAGUUGCUGGACCGACGUAGCGGCAUGUACUCGUCUCGACAAGAGAUGUACAUUGGCCAGGAACUGUGUAGUGGCGGUCUUCGAUUGCUCAUGAUGCAAUAUGGUCCUGUGUGGAGAAUGAUCAGAAAGUCGGUUCACAAUCUCCUCAACGUUGGCAUGUCCAAGACCUACGUGCCAUAUCAGAUGCUCGAGAACAAGCAAAUGCUGUACGAUCUCCUGCAUACUCCGGACGACUUCUUAAAGCACAUUCGCCGCUACUCCAACGCCCUCACAACGACUAUAGUCUUCGGGUGGAGAACGUCUGUUUACGAAGAUCCCAAGCUGAUGCAGCUCUUCGACGGCUUUAACCAGUUCGCCGAGAUCAACCAAACAGGCACCGCGGCGCUUAUCGACUCCUUCCCGCCGCUUCGCUGGCUACCAGACUACUUACUGCCCACUCGAGCCCAUGCAAAGCAACUGCACAAACGCGAGAAAGAACUAUAUCUUGACCAUUGGCUCAAUGCGAAGAAAGCUCAUCAAGACGGUACGCUCAAGCCUUGCUUCUGCGUCGGCCUAGUCGAUGAGCAGAAGAAAGAAGGCUUCAGCGAUGACCAGGCGUGCUACAUCACGGGUACGCUACUUGAAGCAGGUAGCGACACAACUUCGAGCACACUUUACGGAUUCAUGUUAGCCAUGCUGUUAUACCCUGAUGUCCAGAAGAAGGCGCAGGCCGAAAUUGACCGGGUGGUCGGAGGUGACCGCAUCCCCACAAUGGAGGAUGAAGAGGAUCUGCAGUACAUUCGCGGCUGUAUGAAAGAGACCUUGCGUUGGAUGCCAACGACGAUCCUCGGUGGCGUGCCGCAUGCCGUAACGCAGGACGAUACUUACAAAGGCUUCCUAAUCCCGAAGGGAGCUGGCGUGCUUAACAAUGUCUGGGCCAUCAACAUGGACCCCAAGCGUGCACCCGAGCCUCGCCGCUUCGAUCCGGACCGCUACAAGAACGACCAUCUUGGCCUGUACGACUCCGCGGUUAAUCCAGACGCCUCUAAGCGUGAUCAGUUCACAUUCGGCGCAGGCCGACGUAUCUGCCAAGGCAUGCACGUUGCUGAGCGCAGCUUGUUCCUCGGCAUGUCACGGAUACUGUGGGCCUUCAAUAUCGAGCCGGCCACAGACAACGCAGGUCAACCGAUCUUACCUGAUCAGGACCGAUUCACGCAGGGCUUUGUCUGCAUGCCUGAAGAAUUUCCGGCAAAGAUCACGCCACGGUCGAAGGAGCGGGCGAACAUGAUCGAGCAACAGUGGCAAGAAGCACAGAAAGAGUGUUUGAAUCCGCAGACCAAGCAGUGGCUGCGUUAA